UAAUUGUAUAAAAAUUUUAUUUCUCCUACAUUACCAAAUGCAUUAAUUGGAGAAGAAAAGUUUUAUUUAGAGUUGCAAAUUGGGUUGUUCUUGAAAGAAAAUUUGCUUUAAGAAUUUAAUCUCUGAAAAGCAAAGACAGAGAGAGGGAUCCAAUUAUCGAAGUGGGUGUGUGUCAUAGGCAGUCAAGUCCUUUUCUGAGCCAUGAACGUACAGUGCCAUCUUCUUCUACUUCUUGCUUCCUCUUUCUUCCUUGUUAAAGUCUUGGAGUCACGCGUUCUCUCGCUCACUCUCUCUCUCAUGCAAUUGCCCUCCUUUCUUUAUCAUGCGAAAAACAUAUAUAAACAAACCUGCAGUACUAUGCCCACAUACAAGAAGCAAAGGAGAGAGACAGAGAGAGAACAAAAAUGGUGGGGGGCUCAUCAACAAGGAGUGAGAGUGAGAAGGAGAAAACCAAACUUAGAGAGAGACAAAGAAGGGCUAUCACCACCAAGAUCUUCCAUGGCCUUCGUAGACAUGGUGGUUACCACCUCUCUCCUCGCUCUGAUAUCAAUGAAGUCCUCCGGGAGCUCGCCAAAGAGGCUGGCUGGGUUGUUGAACCUGAUGGCACCACCUACCGCUAUAAGCUUCUGAACCGCUGCCCAACUUGUGGUGCCAUUCCAUUUCCACAUAAUGUUACUACUAGCACCACCGCAACACCCACCACCAGUAGCACUGUCUUUGUGGGAGGAGGAGCUGGAGAGUGCUCAACCACUGCAUCCCCUCGCCGGAUUGAUCCCACCAUGAUGUUGACUGGCAGUAGCAGUAACAACAAUAACUAUGGAGAGCCCACUACCACCACCACCGCCACCGCUACCUCCUCUGCUUAUAUUUGCAGUGAUGGCUUUGGUGGUGAUGUUGAUAUCCCUCUUGCAUUCUACAUGUACAGAGGACUCACAGCUGGUGGGCUCAACCAACCGUCCACCAUGGAGGCCCGAGGUGGAAUGAAGGUGGCCGGUCAAAGUCAGCAGCAGCAGCAGCAAGGGACGUACAUGCAAGAGGCGAGGGCAUCUAACCAGAACACGCCUGUGGGAUCACCUCUGCAGAAGUUUGGAUAAUUUUGAAUUCCGAAUUUGCCCUCAUCUAACCAAGGUUUACAUAUAUACAUAUAUUUAAAUGUUUUUCAUUUCUUAUUUUCAAUUGGUUUAUAAAUAUUUAUUUUUAUUUUUA